UGCGCAGUAGAGUAGUCUCGCAAAAAAAAGGGGGCUGUCGGUGUUGGUGUUAUUAUUUUUGUGCUCGACAAUAGCCGAGCGUCCCACGGAAUUGCCUUUGCGACACGGAGGUAAAAGUGAGCUCUCGGACUGCUGUGACAAACGGGCUGCCGCUAUGGGCGCCGCUCCGAGCACCGAGGCGGAACGGGAGCCGCUUCUCGCUCCCACGUCCGCCGCCGGGACUACCAACAGCCAGCCGGCGGUCAACAGUCGGGUGUACGGCAGAAGAUGGCUGGUUCUGACCCUGUUCUCCCUGCUGGCACUGAUGCAGGGCAUGGUGUGGAACUUCUGGGGGCCCAUUCAGAACUCGGCGGCCAAGGCUUACGGGUUCAGCAAGUCGGACAUCGCGGUGUUGGUGCUGUGGGGCCCGGUGGGCUUCGUCCCCUGGCUGCUGUUCAUGUGGUUAAUGGACAAAAAGGGAUUACGGGCCUCCCUGCUUCUCUCUGCCUUCUUCAUGCUGCUAGGAUCGACCAUGCGAAGCAUCCCGCUGACAGACCUGCACCUCAGACGAUGGUUAAUCCACGGAGGGCAGUUCCUGAACGGUUUGGCCGGGCCGACCAUAAUGAGCGCCGGACCCUACCUCUCCACCACCUGGUUCGCCCCCGACCAGAGAGCGACAGCAACGGCCGUGGCCUCGCUCGUCUCCUACCUGGGAGGCGCCGCUUCGUUUAUCGUGGGGCCGCUCGUCGUUCCGGCCCCCAACGACUCGCUGGAAGGCGGCGCGACGCCGGCGCCGCUGUCCCCCGCCUUCAUCCAGCGCAGGAUCCAGCUGGUUCUGUAUGCAGAAUUGGCUGCGAUCGGGGGGCUUUUCGCAGCCGUCCUGCUCUACUUCCCGUCACGCCCGCCGGUGCCUCCCAGUGUGGCCGCAGCGAGCCAGAGGCUCAGUUACAGGAGCAGCAUCUGCAGACUUCUCAGCAACUUCCGCUUCCUGAUGAUUGCCUUGGCCUAUGCCGUCCCCACAGGAGUGAUUGGCGGCUGGUCUGGAGUCCUGGACAUGGUCCUUACACCGGCCAAAGUCAGCCAGGUGGAUGCAGGCUGGAUCGGUUUCUGGUCUAUUGUCGGCGGGUGUGUGGUUGGAGUAGCAAUGGCCAGAUUUGCAGACUCCAUCCGUGGGAUGCUGAAGCUGAUCCUGGUGCUGAUGCUGGCUGGAGCCUCGCUGUCCUCCACAUGGUUUACACUCACCUGUUUGAGCACAAUUACCCACCUCCCGGUAACUCCAGCCAUUCUCUACACGUCCUGCAUCCUGGUUGGCAUAUUUAUCAACAGCAGCGUGCCGAUAUUCUUCGAGCUCUUCAUUGAGACGGUGUACCCGGUCCCUGAAGGCAUCACCUGUGGGGUCGUCACCUUCCUCGGGAACUUAGCGGCCGGCUUGCUGCUCUUCUUCCUCACCUUUUACCCCACAAACUUGUCAUGGCUGAACUGGUGUGUAACCGGCUCGUGUCUCUUCAGCCUUGUCCUCGUCCUCUUCUUCAGGGAGUCGUACGAUCGUCUCUACCUGGACGUCUUUGUCUCUGUGUGACACCGAUGAGGCAAAAUCCAGGCUGUUUAAUACCCGUUCUUGCACAAUGAAGAGGACAAAAAGGGACAUGAAGAGCAAGUUGGGAAGCUUAUUCUCUUCGUAAGGACAUGUGUAUAUAUAUAUAUAUAUAUAUAUAUAUAUAUAUAUAUAUAUAUAUAUAUAUAUAUAUAUAUAUAUAUAUAUAUAUAUAUAUAUACCUGUAAAGGUGGUGAGGGAAGCAUCAUUUUGUGCACCUUAGAAGUAGAUAUGGUUCUAUGAAGGUUUGACCUCUUUUCUUAAUGGUUCCUCUGCUUGUCCGUCAGCAAAAUAAUGUUAAUGAUUUCUCCUUCUGAGGUAGACGCUCCUAGAUGAGCAGUUUGCUGUUUACAAAUGGUUUAAUAUAUAAAGUCAGUCUCGGAGGCGUUUCCACUCGUCCCUAAAGUGAGCAGACACCUUCCUAGUUUACAAAUGGGACGUCGAGCUGAAUCCCGUUCAACACUGAGCAUCUGUCCUGCACAAAAGAAGUAAGGCCAACCAUGGACUAGUUCCCUCAGCCAAUGAGCAGGCCCGGCUGUGUUGAGCCAAGCAUUAAAAGAGGACCUCCUUGUGUUUUGUUGCCCUGCAAACUGCCGGCUGUGACUCACCGGGGGGAGGCUUAACUGGCCCGACAGCGUUUAGCGACCUGUGAUAUUGCCCGUCAUCGAAAGGGAGGCACUUGAAUUGUGUUUUAUCACCCUUUCAGAAUGAACAUUAUGCAUAAAAAAAGCCAUCAGAUCGACGACUGGAUGCCAGCCAAAGACACGGACUGUGACUGGACACACCUGCGCUUCUCACUUGGAUGAAACCUUGUUGGCGUUUUCUUUUCAGUUGCACAGACCAUUUACAACUAAUUACGUUCACAUCUGGAAGAUUUCAUUUUUUUAUCUAACAUGAAUUUGUUUUUUUUGUUUUUUUAAUUAUUCACUUUUCUUUCUAAGCAGUGUGCCAGUAUUUAUUGAGAAAAAAAAAAAAACGCCUCAACACUAACAAGCUUGACAGCCGGAAGCAAGAAGUUUGAUGAUAGACUUUUUUUUUUUAUAUAUAUACAAGUUGUGCGGACAACAUUUUGUUCCAAGCUCCUCGAUCACGGCACCAGCAGCUUCCUUUACUACAAACUGACUAAAAGGCUGCCAGGAAAAGGACGCAAAGUAGCCACUCUCAUGGACUUGUUGACUGAUGAAACUAAAACUACAACAAAAAGCUUCACUGAUAUCAAUAAAGCAGAUCUCCACUGCAGAAAACAAGAAAAACUUUUGUUUUUUUGUCUUAACAUGUUCUUUUUUUGGUGUUUUUCCAGAAGCUGCAGGAAGCAUUUUUAUGUUUUCCCUCUGGAGAUAAAGGAGGCUGUGUAAUUUGUUCCUGGUGCUGUUUUUCCUCUCUCGCCUUGUAAAGAAAAGGAUCUCUUUUACCUACAGAUGUGUUGCCUUAAUUGCCCAGUGCAGUGCAUUUAGACCCCCCCCCCCCCUCCACUCCCCUUCGUCUACACUGUGAAUAUUUUAUCUCUGGACUAUGUAAAAGGUCAUUUUCACCUGCAUUGUUACCUACACUUUGGUCCCACUGUGGAGUGUCCUGGGGUUUGCUUAUAACUUUGACCUCUGUAGACUAAAACAAACACAGCUGUCGCAAUUGAACAGUACCUUAUUAAAAUGAUCAUUUUACAAAA